CUCUUUAUCACGUCCUGCACCGCUCCACCAUAACAAUCCGUGACAGUGUCCGGUGCUCCCAUCCUAAUCUAAUUGGUCAAAUCCAGAGGGUUGGUUAGCACUCAUCUCUUGGCCCCCUCAUCCCUGACCGAUGCAGGUCACCUUUCUCUCGGGUUGAUCCGACAACGCGUUGUCAUGGAGACGCGUUUGUGAUCCCGCGUUCGUAUAAAUUCCUCCUCCUGCCCUCUCACCACGUCUUCUUCCAUUCUCAUUCCUUCUGUACCACGCCUUCAACCUUCAAUUGCAGUCUUCUCCUUUACAACAAGUUUUACAACAGCUCCACCGCUCUUUGAUCCUCCGUCCGAUACCCUCGCACCUCCCAAGAAUGUCUACCGUUCACAUGACCCCCUCCAAGCAGGUAUGGGCCCUCCCCCACCAAGUCCACUUUACGCGGUCAGAGGGUCAACUUGCUAACUGUCCACUUUACGCGCAUCACCAACAGGCUGCGAAUGCCCUCUCGAACAUGACCGUCGACGAUGUCGAGGUUGUUAAGAAGAAUCUCAACUCGGCUUUUGAGAAUGCAAAGUCACCUGGAAAGACAGGUGCCAAGACAGAUCUUGAGUUGAAGCAGCCCGUUGAUGAGGGCACCAAGGCUGAGGAGAUGGAUGAGCCCAUUCUUACCGAGAACAAGCAUCGUUUUGUCCUUUUCCCUAUCAAGUAUCAUGAGGUUUGUUCCUCUACCUUUCCCACCUUUGAUGUUGUAUGCCUAAGCUAAUAUACCGUCUCCCCUUCUAGAUUUGGCAAAUGUACAAGAAGGCUGAGGCCUCCUUCUGGGUUGCUGAGGAGAUUGAUCUUUCAAAGGACAUGCACGACUGGAGCGACCGCCUAAAUGAUGACGAGCGCUACUUUAUUUCGCAUGUUCUUGCCUUUUUCGCUGCGUCCGACGGUAUCGUCAAUGAGAACCUUGUUCAACGCUUCAGUAAUGAGGUUCAGAUUCCUGAGGCCCGUUGUUUUUAUGGUUUUCAAAUUAUGAUGGAGAAUGUACACUCUGAGACCUAUUCCCUUCUCAUUGAUACAUAUAUCAAAGAUCCCAAGCAGAGGACAUAUCUAUUUGAUGCCAUCGAUACAAGUAUGUCUCUAUCUUAUUUCAUUGAUCCGCGCUAAUGUGGACUCCCCAGUUCCUUGCAUCAAGAAGAAGGCCGAUUGGGCUAUCAGAUGGAUCGAAGACAAGGACUCCACUUUUGCUCAGCGCCUUGUCGCUUUCGCUGCUGUUGAGGGUAUCUUCUUCAGUGGUUCUUUUGCCUCUAUUUUCUGGCUCAAGGUAAUACCUUCCCGGUUCCUCUGUUUGUUUGUUUUUAUCCGCUGUUGCUGACAAGGGAUAACUAGAAACGUGGAUUGAUGCCUGGCUUGUCAUUUUCAAAUGAGCUCAUCUCCCGUGACGAGGGUCUCCACACUGAUUUUGCCUGCCUCUUGUUCAACCAUUUGAACAACCGUCCCUCUCAACAGGCUGUUCAAGAUAUCAUAGUUGAGGCCGUUGGUAUCGAGCAAGAAUUCCUCACCGAAGCUCUCCCCUGUGCUCUCUUGGGCAUGAACUCUAAGCUCAUGAAGCAGUACAUUGAAUUUGUUGCCGACCGUCUUUUGCUGUCUCUGGGUAACCCAAAGUUUUACAAUGCUACCAACCCAUUCGACUUUAUGGAGUCUAUUUCUCUCGCCGGCAAAACUAACUUCUUUGAGAAGCGUGUCGGAGACUACCAGAAAGCUGGUGUCAUGGCAUCUACCCAAAAGAAAACUGAAGAGCCCACCAACGAUAGCGAGGGUAGCAUCAGAUUUGACGAAGACUUUUAAACGGGUUCCGGCACUUUCUUUCCCUUUUUUUUUUUUUUUUUUUGUUAACGUGUACGACGAAAUGAUGUGGCUUUCCACUUUUUUUUGUAGGGUUUUCACUGGAUGGUUGGGAUUUAACGGAUGGUAACUGGGUAGGGGGUUUUACUUUAUGGCUUUGCACGAUUCUUAAUUAAUGUUGGGUUACAUUUGUAUACCCCAAUAAAUAGCAUCCCCGAUCACAGCUCUUUUUGCUUAACACUUUCAUGCUUUUUAUCGGAGUUGACACUCAUAGAAAUUUCCUGUUUCCUGAGUUGUCUUUUGUUUCUUUUUUUUCUUUUCUUUUUUACUAUCGGGUGUGCAUUUGUAUCUAGAGAGCUCCAUUUCCCCAACCAUUUUCUGAAAAUUGGUUUGGCGUGAGCAGUGUCGGUCGCUUUGUGUAAUGAUAUCAGAUUACGAUUAAUCCUUUGCUGUAUUAUUUUUUUCUCGUUGUUUUGCAAAAAAAAAAAACCCUGAGAUUUAAGUUUGUCAUUGUAGGUUAGGGUAAACGUCAUCACCGGGGAAUGUGCCGGCACUUGGCAAUUUAUAAGGUAUGAUACCGUCCCGGUAUUCGGACCCCUUGGCAUACCGGUAAUUAGCACCUAUCUGAAUGCCAAGCACCCAAAUAACCUUUAUAAAUUGCCAAGCCAGUGAUUGGCGGUACUAUGGUGUACCGUAGUGUGUCGCAUGGUUGCUAUCAGCUGCUUGCUUAGUCUAAUGUGUUUUGUGAAUUGUGAAUUGUGAAUUUGUGAGUGAGUGAAGUUUUAUGAUGCAGCUGGUUGUACGAUAUUUAUGAUCAUAAUAUUAUUAUGCAGUUAUUUUAUGUUGCUGGGAGAGGUUUUUCUUUUCUUUCCCUUUUCCCCCGAAUUCAGGUUUACUCUAUUAUCAUGGCUAACUCGGCCGGCUCUGCUUGUAGUCUACGGGCACCGUAAUUUACAGUAGUGGUAGUGGUGGCCUUGCGCACUUGUUGCAGUUAGGUUUCUGGAAUGGUGAGACUUAUAGUUGCGGUAUGGUACAAAUUCUAUUCAAACAAAUCAAUGGUCUAUAACUUG